AGCAACUCAUAUUAAACACCCAAACUGAACCUCGUACAGGUCAGUGGCUUAGCGAACGAAUCUGGAGUCCAGGAUCAUGGCAAAAAUCGAUUUUCAUGCGCAAAUUCUACGCGCCUACAUCCACCCUAAAAAUGUUGGCGUGGGUCUCACACUUCAGGUCUAAUAAUGCACCAGGCAGACCUUACCUAAAUUAAUUUCAGGUUGUAUCCCGGGUAAUAAUGACGAUUCACGCGAUGUUGCCAUUGCAUAAAUUGCUAAUUCGAGCUAACUACCUUUUUGCCGUGCCUGCAAUUGGAGGUUCGAUUAUUAUUGCAAGACGCAACAUAUGAGCCAAGCCCAUUAGCUACAGAACCCCUUUUUCCAACAUCCAGGGAUCGGCAUAUUUCUGAUAAUGGGAAAGAAGGGGAGUCCCGCGCAAGAUAGGUGUCGAGUUACAAUUUCCCCGUCUCUGAACUUCCGGCAAAGCGAAUUGCUGGAACCUAAGUGCCACACCCAAAUACCCCGUCUACUAAUUUCUGUGGCAUGUAUUGCUCCUUCUGACUAUGAGAAACUCCGGGAAUGUCGGUUGUCAAACCAUUGGCCCAGAGACGGAGUCAGAUCGGAUUUAUGGAGGAAUGCAGCAAAGGCAUGAGAUAAUUCAAGAGACUGCUGUUAAGAAAAUCGAACAAUUUUCUACAAUGAAGUUGUUUUUAUCAUUUGUCUUGCGUAUACAGUCCGGUCAUCGAAAGCCCCGAAUUGCCCACGGGUGUUUCAAUGCGGCAACAGUCUCUGGCCUAUCCUGAAACAUGCAUAGUGAGAUAUGUUUAGCCCUGUGAGAUGGCGCCGCCCGCAUUUUAAGGUUGUGUCCGAUUUAAUAUUCCAGGGGAAGGCCAAGCCAUCAACCAUGGCAGGUUCUUGAUCUUCGUUUGAUGCUUGCUCCGAUCAAACUAGGCUUUGAAUAAGUGCCACCUAAUGAGAAAAAAUAAGCAAGGCUAGCAGAGACACCUAGCACUGAACUUAAUAAUGGAUAGGACCGAAGUCCAGCUCACAAGUUUCCCAUGUGGAGAAUGUGUGUGAAGUAUCUUAACCAUCUUCAAUCUUCUUGUUUUGAGCUUGGAGACUGGGACACCAAAGUUUUGUCCGACUUUCAAUUUCCUGGACAUUAUCCUGGCUUAAACGCCUGGUAUUUUCCGUGAAUAUGGCCGAAUAUUUUGUUUGAAAUAGAGCCGCCGAACACUUGUGAUCAACUGACCCUUCUUUUUUCCUUGGCCGGUAAAUAUCCAUGCCAGGGCCCAAUGACUGUGCCACCCUCUUGGGCUCGCUGUCUGAGUCUCCUGCGUAAGACUGGACACUCCCUGGCCACUAUUCUUUACGGGACAGGAUCUACACCGAGGCCAUAACAGCUGAACCUAGCGGUCGAGUGCAAGGGCCUGCAGAAAUUGAAAGAAGGUGAGAAACUAAAAAACGGUGCUGGACAGAUACGAUAGUUACCGGUAAUAAUUACUUCCGCACGUUCCAUUCAUUUCUCGGUCGGGCCAUUCAUCUUCGUUCUACGACAGAAAUCUCGGCGACCUAAUCUUAUGGAUCUUGGUAUAAGACUCCUUUUGGUCCACAUAUAGCUUGUGAGCAGGCUCCCAACCGCGAAGCUGCAAUUUUUCCUCACGUUUACUUGUCUCCCUGAGCACCAUAAUUCAGUCAGCCCCACGCCUAUUUUUGGGAUUACCCCAAAUACAAGCCCUAUGAGAUUUAGGUGCUGCCAGCUGACUUGCUAUCAAGGAUUGGCCCUGUUAUUUCUUUAGCCGGCUUCGGCUUGAGAGCAGCAUCCCGUUUACCGUUAAUCUAAAUCCAACUAUCUACCCGUAUCGCCCUUGCUUCUCCCGAAUUUAGCGCAAAACAGAGUGACGCUUAGUCGGCAUCUCCACCCUUCUCCACUAAGACUCACAUUUCUUAAUAUUCAUUAUUUGGCUCGCCUGGUUAUAAUUGAUUCGGUUUCCCUGUCACUUUCUCCCAGGAAAAAAUCAAAUCAGCGCUAUCAGGAAGAGAGCCACUAAACUUAAUCGGACCUUACUCUAAUCUCGUUCCCGUGGAAAGUCGUUAGUACCCCAAGCUACAGCUUGGUUGCAACCAAGCAAGGGCAGCACUCCCUCCUUAAAACUUGUUCUAAUACUACGGUUGCCCGUUAACUAAACGACUAGAUCGUUCCAACAAGCUCCUAAAAGUCGCGAAACCUUCCUUUGGGUUUGUCGUACAAAGCAAGUAUUGGUUUGGGGAACUGGUGACGGAAAUCAAAAUCUGUAAAUCUGCGCUAGCCCCUUAUCUCGCCUCCGGCGCAUCGGCCCUCUCACCUCGAUCCGUCGUGGGGCGGGAGUAUCUCAGACCAUAUCAGUGGGAUGGAUGGUGAUAGUCACCAACGAAAGACGUAUGGCCCUUCUGGCUACCGAACGGGCUCUGGAAUUGGACAACAUCCUAUUCGCCAUUUGUCUGGCAGCUCAUCAGAUCGCUUCAGACACCAGCAACAGCCCGAACCAGCUCGAGGACCUGAUACUCAUGAAGUGAUACCUCAAGACCGGACCUCGUCACUCUCUGCCUAUGGGGCCUAUGUAUACACAGAGCCACCGUCCUGCAAUACUCCAUCGCUACAGGGCGGGACGUUGCAGGGUGGAGGGUUACAAUAUGAGUCGAACUUUUCCUCCACUUCACCCAGAAACCAGCAACCAGACCAGCAGCAGCAGCGGUUAUCACAAUAUGAUGGCGAUAUGGUAUAUGGUAUCACGCCCCAAGUCCAGCCACAGGCUCCGUACGAAGGGGUGUCACAAUACCAGCCGCGACAGUCUGCGGCCAUCGAGGUGCUGGCAACUCAAUUCGGUGUUCCACAGUAUUUCCAACCAGCAGGACCAGCAGUUGCAGGAGUAUCUGACCAGUACUUAACUGCUUCCCAAGUUCAGUCGACCCAAUAUUCACAGCCGGCUUCUCCUACGCGCGCAUCUACGACAUCAGCAUUACCCGAGAUUAUGGCUGACCUCCACGCUUCCGCAGCGACUGAAGGACUCGAGCAUGCAGAUUUUCCUCGCGAGUCGCCUUCUGGUUUUGACGACGCUUAUAACCAGUACCAACGAGCUCUUAGACAAACAUUUGAAAAUACCCGAUCUGGCAGAUUGCUAGAUGCAAGCCAGUCUUUAUUAGAGAUAUCCGAGUGGCUUCUCGGGAAUGCAACGGAGCUUGGUACGUACCAUCCACACGUUGCGGUUUGCUCCCCUCUUUCAUUCACUUGGCACCUAGGUGGUGCAUUACCUUUCGAGCUAAUAGCUGAUUUCAGGUCUUGCUCGCGACGAGGAAGAACUGCGCCCGGAUCGAAUAAAACUGUGGAAUGAGUUUAAUACCUGCUGGCUUGCGGUAUGCCAGAAACAAAAGGAUAUGACCCAAGAAGUGUUGGAAACCCGAUCCGGCGCCACACCGCAAAACCUUUUAACGGAAGAUAUUUUGAACAAGAUGGGAAGGGAACUGGUCCGCCUGUGUGAUCGAAUGGAGGAGCAUGGUCUUGUUGACUACCAGAUGGGCGUAUGGGAAGAAGAAAUUCUAAGCGGUAAGAAGUCGAAUCAAUCACACCUGAGUCAAUUUUACCACAACCAGGGGCUCCCUUAGCUCACUUGACCGUCUGAAUCUAGUGCUGGGCCAAUGUCUUGACCUCCUCGAAGGAAACGAGAACAAUCCUACGAUAGGAAGUUCCGCCAAAACAUCUACCUCCACAGUUCCACGAUGAUCGAGCCCAGUUCUCCCCUUUCACCGCUCUUCUGAUGACCGUGAUGUGUUUCCUUAUUUUCGUUGCACCUUAAUCGUAUUAUACAAUACUGCAUCAGCGAUGGCGCAUAGUCAUGUUACGCUUUCUCUUUUCUUGAUCCUCCGUGGGUCACCAGGGUCACAUUGUCGUUUUCAACGGCGCAGAUAAUUAUGUCAAAUGAAUGCGUGCCGGCUCGUUCUCAAUGUGCAUGUGCAUGAAGCGAAGGUUGCGGGUCGAUCUACUAGUGUUACAACUGAGAGUUUGGAACCGAGAAAUCCCUUUGAGUGACAUCCACUAAUGUUUAAUAUCCAUUGCCGGUGAGCUACCGCUGUUCGUCGACUGUUUCCCCUCUCUAUAUCUACCUAAUUUACAACGCUCCUAUGAGGACGCGGAAGCUAGGCUAUAUUCGAGUGCAUUUAUUAUCGUCAAUAUUUCUUUCACAUAAUUCAUGUGACCCCUUUUGUUGAUUUGCACAAUACGCGUAUGAAACCGUUUAAUAUUGGCUACGUCGUUUUUACUUUUAUUUCACGUCUCUUUUCUGUUUUUGGAGGAAUAGCAUGCACGUUUUGCAUCUAGAAGGUUGAAUAUAUGUAGAUCAGACUGGGGAAUUGGUGCGAUUCGCGAUUAUUUGAUAUGUUAAUGCUGUCUUGCCCUUUCCAUCUGAUUUUUCUAUUCUUUCUUUGCCCAUUGGUCGUUAUAGCAGAAGUGAUCGCACGUCCCAACAGACAUUGAGCUGGGAAGUGGAUUACGAUAUACUUUUAAUAUUGUUUGGCUACCUAUGCUCCUCCGGUUUUAUCUCCCAGUUUUUCUGAUCUUGCAGUGUUGCUGACAGCAUAUAUAUACAUAUAUUAACCUGACAUUUUUCAUCUCACAUUAUUUUCUUCUUAGCUGUGAUUCGGCUCGCAUUUUUUCAGAACCUUUACUUAUUCUUUCCCUCUUUACCUUCCUAUGGAAAUUGCCAGUCAAAAUGACUUUGUGAGGCCAACCCGCUUCCGUCUAUGGGGCCCUGAAAUUAAUGAGAUGGACGAUGGUUAGCUGCUUUUCUUUUGCAGGAUCGCACAAGGAUCAGGAUCACAUUACACAGUUAGUUAUAAGCCAUCUGCGUUGCAUUUCAAUGUAGCCAAGCGUCUAAGAUAACACUUGCAGGAAAAAAGUUUUAAUUUCUCACUCCUUGCUAUGCUUUGGCAGCCAAUGGAAGUUUUAGGAUGUUGGUGGUUGGUGGUUGGAUCUGCGGUAACAAUGUACUACCCCUUUCUUUUUCAAUCAUGCAUGCAUCCACGCCUCAAUAAAACUACCCAGGGACCGGUUUCUUUUCCUUUUGGUGAUAACGGACUGGCUUUGGUUAUCUUGUACUUUGAUAUAUUUCCCCUAGUGGCCCUAAGCAACAGCGGAUUAAUUGCUGACAGGUUGCGCUGUUCAUUAUUGGUCCUGCAGAUGAUAAAAACCCCUUAACAAACUCCUUUCCAGAACAGCACGUAUCUAAAUUAUACCCAGUUUAUUCGGACUUCCUCCAGAAGGCUGCCUCGCCUGUCUUCACACUUUAAAGUCUAUGAGACGCAUCAUUCACUCCGUUUAGCACCGGCCCAUAUCUAACAACCGACUAUAUAACCUGGCUAACAUCAUCAUCUGCUCAGUUAACCCCUUUAUACGCCGUACAAGAUUUAAAAAGCUAGAGAGAAAAAAGGGGGCAAUCAGGCAUACUGCCAGCACGCCGACUCGAAAUUUCGAACCAAUCAUGAGCACCGGGGUGUAAUCUUUCUUUGUAUUGCGAAUUUGCGAAUUUGAAUUGAAAUGGAAUGGGAUGGAUGCCCUAUGGACUGACUGGUUCUACAUUUACAUCUUCACCUUUCCCACGAACUAGAGAGUCUAAUUGCCCAUCAUUCUGCAAGCUCUGAGUUUCGUCUCGACUUUUGUACUGUACAUUCGUAUAACGAGAGAUGCAGAUGGGAAUUGAAAAUGCGAAUAUAUUAUUUCCCAUA